UUGGGGCAAAGAUUGGAAGAAGUUCCCUAUAAAUUGCCUCCUUGUACGGAAGGUGAAAGGUCACAAGAAGAAAGAGACUGAGCACAACCCAAGUCUCCCUUCGAGAUCUGGGUCAAGUUGUUGGUACAGGUUCAGGUUUCUCUUGUGGGGAGAGAGAGAGAGAGGGAGAGAAGCGAUGGGAACAUUUCUAGGGUUUGCGUUCACUUUAAGCCUAUUCUUUUUCAUGGCUCAAGGCAAAGUCCUCCGCUAUGAUUUUGUGGUGAAGGAGACACCUAUUGAGAUGUUGUGUGAGACGAGCCGGACCGUGUUGACCGUGAAUGGCCUAUUUCCUGGGCCGGAGAUCCGUGCUCGCAAGGGCGACACAGUUUACGUUAACGUCACAAACACAGGACCGUAUGGAAUCACUAUUCACUGGCACGGAGUGAGACAAAUAAGGUAUCCCUGGUCUGACGGCCCAGAAUACAUCACGCAGUGCCCAAUCCCUUCGAACUCUAGCUUCCUUCAGAAAAUCGUACUCACCGAGGAAGAAGGCACGUUGUGGUGGCAUGCUCAUAGCGACUGGACACGUGCCACUGUACACGGUCCUCUCAUCAUUAUGCCCGCCUACGGAAAAAUGUACCCUUACAAGUUUGACCAAGAACACGCAAUUGUGAUCGCUGAAUGGUAUACGAGAGAUACGAAGGACAUAAUCGACGAGGCACUUGCUUCCGGAGGCGAUCCAGACUUGUCCGUGGCCUAUACCAUCAAUGGUCAACCAGGAGACAGUUACUCUUGCUCUAAUGGUUCGGCUUACAAUAAAACUGUUGUGCGAGGAACAACGUAUCUCUUUAGGAUCAUCCACUCCGGGAUGAACGAAGAGAUGUUCUUCGGCAUAGCCAAACACAAUCUCACCGUGGUCGGAAUGGACGGAGCUUAUUUGAAACCGCUCAAGACCAAUUACCUCAUGAUAACUCCCGGUCAAACGAUGGAUGUUCUGGUCACCGCGAACCAAGCCCCCGAUCGCUACUACAUGGUUUUUAGUCCGUUCGUGGACACCAACGCCCCGUCCAACAAAAACGUCACGAGGGGAAUAUUUCAAUACAAAGGCAGACACAAUCACCGGGAGACUCCCGAGUUACCCGAGCUUCCGGGUUUUACCAACAUGAGCGAUGCCGGGAACUUUACUAUCCAGCUGAGGAGUUUGAACAGCAAAGAACAUCCGUCCACGGUUCCGACCAAAAUCACUAGGAACAUUACAAUCACAGUGUCCGUGAAUCAGCAGCCAUGUCCUGCUAAUCAAAAUUGUACCGGUCCACAGGGCACUAUGCAUUCCGCAAGCUUGAACAACAUAAGCUUUUCUGCUCCGUCGAUCAGCAUUCUCCAAGCAUACUACAACAAUAUAUAUGGAGUCUACAACAAAACUUUCCCGGAUGAACCACCUUCUUUGUUCGACUUCACCGGAAAUGUCUCGGCCUUGGGGGAAGCUGCCAAUGUGACUACUGAAGUGUUGAAGAUUGACUACAAUGAGGAGGUCGAAAUAAGAUUCCAGGGGACCAAUUUCGGAGCAGCGGAAAAUCACCCAAUGCAUUUACACGGCUAUAGCUUUUAUGUCGUUGGAAUGGGCGAUGGAAACUUCAGCGACACCUAUAUAUCAAAGUAUAAUACGGUGGAUCCGCCUUAUGUUAACACCGUCGGACUCCCCAAAAAUGGGUGGGCAGCGAUCAGAUUCAAAGCUGACAAUCCAGGAGUGUGGUUCAUGCACUGUCAUUUAGAACGCCAUGCGAGCUGGGGAAUGGAUGCAGUCCUUAUCGUCCGAGACGGUCAGAAAAAACAUCAGAAGGUUCGUCCACCGCCCAAGGACAUGCCUCCUUGCUCCGUGUCUUUAUCGUGAUGCUGUGUUCGUUGACUUCAUUGCUAGGGCAAGGGGUAUUGAUACCCCAAUGGGAAUAAAU